GCAGGUGCGUAAAGGAACAUUACGGCACUGGAUUUCUUGGAAACAUGAAGCUGGAGGUUCUCUGCGGAGGUCACUGUAACCUCAAAACGGACGAGGAGCUGGGGUCAGAUGGAGACAGGGCAGCCCGAAGCCCAUCACCUGUCAAUCCAGUCUCCAGCAGUGCGCCCAAGCCUUACGCACGGAGAGGCAAACCGCCCUUCUCCUACAUCGCGCUCAUCGCUAUGGCCAUACGCGACUCCUCGAGCGGCCGGCUCACGUUAGCGGAGAUUAACGAUUACCUGAUGGACAAGUUCCCCUUCUUCAGAGGCAGCUACACUGGAUGGAAGAACUCGGUGAGGCAUAAUCUGUCCCUGAACGACUGCUUCGUCAAAGUGCUCCGUGACCCGUCACGGCCGUGGGGGAAGGACAAUUACUGGAUGCUGAACCCUCACAGCGAGUACACGUUCGCAGACGGUGUGUUCAGACGCAGAAGAAAACGUCUCAAUAAAGGCAGACUUGUGGAUGAAGACUUUUCCGGACACGUAAUGAAGUCUGAGCCUCGGGUAAAGUUCUCCAGCUCUUUCACAAUAGACAGCAUCCUCAGCACCCCCUUCAGAGGAGACACACGUUCAGUAGAAACAGUGGUCCAUCCUUCCGUCCACUGGCGUCAUACUGGACACAUUACGCAUCACAUGAACUUACCUGGCGCAUUAUCUUACGUCACUGACGUGGGUCAUGUGACACAUCAUUCAAAAACAGAGACGCUGCGACUCUUUUGAGCAGGACUGUCAAACACUGAAAACUGUAUUGUCGUUGGUUUGGACUUACAGGCCCGUGAGCCGCAAAUGUUACACAUGCUGGUAUUUCACAAUGUUUUCACAAACUUUGUUAUUGUAAUUGUUAA